AUGGUACCGCCUAUACGCGCGCAGAGAGUACGGGCGUUUUCCCGCAAGGCGCGUACUGGCUGUCUCACCUGCAAAAAAAGACACAAAAAAUGCGACGAAGAGAAGCCUACCUGCAAGAGAUGCAGGACUGGGGGUUAUGUUUGCGAUGGCUACGAAUCUAAAGCCCAAGCUGUAGCAGUCAUCCCCCAGUCUCGUGGUAUUGUACCACUGGCACCACUGGUACCACUGACAGCCAAGAUAUUCCACAUUUCAAAUGCCCCCCCAAAAGCACUAAGCCCAGCAAAUGCCCUGGAAACGAAUUAUUAUACUUAUUUCUUCUCCGAUAUCACCAGCCAUCUAGAAAUAACCCCGGAAUUGAAUAAAGACUUUUGGCACAAGACCUUCCUGGCGCCUAGCCAAAUCAACCCGUGUGUGCGACAUGCUGUAUUGGCAUUAGGUGCUACACAUUGGCAGUAUUCGACACAUCAUCGGCAAACCUCGGCUGCACUGGAUAGUUUCAUUCUGGGCCACUACAACGAAGCCAUUUCCCAGCUUAGGGCUACAGGAGCGUCUGCACUGGACUUGCCAACAAUAUUGACCUGCUGCAUUUUAUUUGUCAUUCUGGAGAGUCUUCGCGGCGAUUUUAGCGAAGCAGUUCGGCAUCUUGAGUCUGGAAUCCGGAUCCUCGCGAACAAUCCCAAGACAUACCUCCCGAAUCGAGAUUUUCAAGAGCUCGCUACCAUUUUCCAUGCCAUAAGCUCACAGGUCGCGAUAUUCUCCUCAGAACGUGUCUUUCCCGAUGUGAUUCACCUGCUACCUCCAGCGAAGGAACAGAAGAAAUGGACAGAAGAGUUUCGUGAUCUAGAUGAAGCUGAGGAUGUGAUGAACAAGUUUGAUGAUCGCGUCAGUCAUAUAUCCUGGGAUCUCGACCAAGACUGGGAAGACGAGACCUCCGAGUGCAAUACAAAGUGGAAGAUGCUGAAAGAAGAUGUGGACGAGUGGGAACGCCAGUUUGAAGUCCUGGUGCAGAAAUUGACCAAAUGCGGUCACUGGGUCGACAAGGAAAAGGUGCUGAACCUGAGAAUCCAACAUAAGUUAUGGGAAAUAUUAAUCCAAAACGAAUCCGAAGAGAAUGAAUCCGAAACAGGCCUCGACGCUACCGAGUGCAAUCUUCUACUUGACCAGCUGCAGCAACUAUGGUGCAACCCAACCCGCCCGCGCUUUGGGCUAAAAAUCGACCUCACUGCCGCUCUUUACCAGCUUUAUGUCUACUGCGACGAUAUAGCUGUACGACAACGUAUAAUUCUGUUGUUGCGCUCGCAUAAAAGGAGGGAGAUUAUAUGGGAUAGUGCUCAACUUGCAGAUUUUCUGGACAUGGACAUGGCUCAGCGAGCUAUUGGUCUUCAGCAGGAGAAGUGGCCCGACAUAGGUCCUUCUUCAAGUGACAAGGCUUUGCUGACAUUUAGGCCAAAGGAAUGA